ACUGCUAAAACAUAUCCAGGAGCUCCAAGUGCAAAGAGGGGAGGCAGGGAGAGGGGAGAGGGGUGAAAGCCAUGAAAGACCACUGGCUCGACAAUUCGAUUAAAUAGAUCAUUGUAAACUGAAACAAUAUCAUGUAACUAAAAAACAAAACAAUCCUCCCUCUCCCAAGUCAACUUCAAACUUUAGCACGCUUGUUUCAGUUCAACAUAUUUAAGGAAUUAUGCGCGUGCACGACUAUUCUAGAAGUUUAACGCAAGGAAAGGCUCUCCUGGCUCCGUUGGAGUUUGACAGAUGGAUUUAACAGAGAUCGAGCCGUUCGUUACUGUUGAUUUUUAAAGUCAAAGUUAGUGGUAAUUGCAUUAAGUGCGAUGAGCGGAGGUCGCUUUGAGUUCGAUGAUGGCGGGGCUUAUUGUGGAGGCUGGGAGGGAGGUAAAGCGCACGGACACGGGAUCUGUACCGGACCUAAAGGACAAGGAGAGUUCUCCGGUUCCUGGAAUUACGGGUUCGAGGUGGUGGGAGUCUAUACUUGGCCGAGUGGAAACACUUACGAGGGGUAUUGGUCCCAAGGAAAGCGUCACGGUUUAGGUGUAGAGACCAAGGGACAAUGGAUUUACAAGGGAGAGUGGACGCAUGGAUUCAAAGGCAGAUACGGGACGCGCAUCAGUCAGGCCAGCGGUGCCAAGUACGAGGGCACUUGGAAUAACGGACUGCAGGAUGGUUACGGGACGGAGACCUACGCGGAUGGCGGUACCUUCCAGGGCCAGUUCACUGGCGGCAUGCGACACGGCUAUGGAGUACGCCAGAGUGUUCCUUACGGGAUGGCAGCAGUGGUGCGUUCUCCUCUGAGGAACUCUCUGAGCUCCCUGCGCAGUGAACACAGCAACGGGACACUCCUUCAGCAGGACAUCCCGGUCAUCACCGCCACCAAUGCGGCCGGCCAAGAGACCCUGGUCAACAUGCCCAUGCCUCUGGGCCCAUCUCGUGGCGGCUUCGCCCUCACCCUGCAAGUGGACCCGGAUGCAGUCAAGCCCAAGAAGAAAGGCCUCUUCCGGCGUAGCUCGCUUCUUGGCAAGCUGAAGAAGUCCGAUUCCCGCACAUCCCUCUCCAGCAAUAAGAGUAAGAUCAGCUUUCUGCGGAGUGAUUCAGCUCUCAGCUCCGCCGCCAGCGAUGCCAACUCAACCAUCAGCCUGGGUGAGAGCGAAGGGGAAGGUGAAGGUCACGAGUUUCCCCCAGUGGAGUCAGACAUUGACGCCACCACUACUGAAAUCUACAUGGGAGAGUGGAAAAACGACAAACGCUCAGGGUAUGGGAUCAGUGAACGUUCUAGUGGGCUUAAAUAUGAGGGCGAAUGGCUGAACAACCAACGGCACGGUUAUGGGUGCACCACUUUUGCAGAGGGUGGCAAAGAAGAAGGCAAAUACGUUAACAACAUGCUGGUGAAGUCUGUAAAGAAGAGGAUGAUUCAGCUGAAGGGCACUAAGAUCAAGCAGAAAGUGGAGCGCAGUGUGGAAGGAGCCCAGAGGGCAGCUGCCAUAGCCAAACAGAAGGCCGAAAUCGCCAACUCAAGAACAGCUCAUGCCAAAAGCAAAGGAGACGCCGCAGACCAGGCCUCCAUAGCCUCUAACAAUGAGUCUAGUAUCGCCCGUGUGGUUGCCAGAGAGCUCUCUCCCUCUUUCCAUCAACCAGGUCCCGAGUAUAUGAAAAAACGAGCCUUGCAGGAGGUUGCUGAGAGCAAUGAGAAUGCAGACACAGGGAUGCACGAGCCCUUGUUAGCUGAGGAUUCCCUACCAACACCCCUGGAGCGCCCCUUCAUGGAUGAGAUGGAAAGUCUAAGACCAAGCUCCACCUCUGCACGCACCCCCUCACCCACUGCAGUCAUCGUCCCUCAGGCACCCAGCAAGGAAGAUCCAAACCUCUUGAGCACUGGCAGCUGGAAUGGACAUAAGGCCAGUCGGGGCAGUGGUAGCAGAGGUAGCAGUCGAGCAGGAAGUAGGCCAAGCAGUCGACCCAGCACCCCUUCUUUCACUCCUGCCAUUGCUCCCGCUUCAGACGCCGCUCCGGAGGAGCAUUCUGCUCCCAGCAGCAAGGUCCCAGCCCGUACCCCUAGCCGCCAGAGUGCCAAAGCUGAGCAGGGAUCGGACCUGGAAAUCAAAGCCCUGCAGAUAAUGGACUCGGAGUUAAGAGCAGUAGAACCUGCCCCUGCUGCUACGCCAGUAAGAACCAACCUCGUCCUUACCACAGACGAAGAUGAACCACCUCCCCACCCUGCCCCCAAGCUGUCCUUCAAAGCAGUCACACCAGAGCCAAAGGGAGCUGAAGUCAAACACAGAGCUGAAACAAGGGAGCCUUUAAAUGAGCGUCCAGCUUCGAUGACAGAAAGCAAGCCUGAGUCUAGGACAGAAGUCAGGGAAGAGAAGAAAUUAACUAACAGAAUUGAGCCUAAAACUUCACUGAAAAGAGAACCAAGCCCUGCCCCAAAAGCUGCAUCAAAGCCUGAGCCCAAGUCAGUGCCUAAUCCAGAACCUAAACCUGUGGUCAAGCCGGUUGCUAAACCCAUUGCCAAGGUCGAGGCCAAAACUGAGAUGAGGCAGAGGUCUAUUGUGAAAGCCCCUAGCGAAACGAGACAAGAGCCUCUAGAGCUAGUUGAGGGGCCAAACACGAUUUUGAUCUGCAUGGUUAUAUUCCUGAACAUUGGUUUGGCAAUUCUAUUCGUUCACAUCCUAUCUUGAGAUGACAAAGCCUAAGCCAAAACCAUCCAGGUGAAAUAAACUACCGUGGGGAGCUGUGAGGAUGCACUGCACUCCAUUAACGGCUCUGUUGUUGCAUUAUCCAGUUUCAGACCAGCCCUCCUGAGCUACUCUAAAGUUGGUUACCAUCUGUAAUUGGACCGAGUGCUCCCAAAUGAUCAGUGUGUCUCAGUACCUGAACAUAAUAGAAUAAAGCAUUUGUGCACAUUUGCUUUGUUUGUGGAAGGUAUGCUGCAUUUAACAGUACUGCUGAAGUCUAAUGCAGGUGAAACUGAAUCAUCUAUAAGGGCUAAUUGUUAUGUACGUUCACAAUCACAUCACAUAUCCUAUAGAGCAGAACAUGUCACUUGGCGUGUAACAUUCAUUUUUGGAGAAUAAACAAAUAGUUAUGACAUUAUGAAAUGGGUCCGUACAGUUUUUUUUUUUCUUUUCAAUGGCUAGAACAAACAUAAAAUCCACCAGUGCACCAGGUAGUGUCAUGCUUCAUAAUCUCAGAUGCUGUAUGCAAAAUGUCUUAAAGUCUCGCCUGCAUGACAAAGAGCAACAUGUUUUCCAUAACGGAAGUGUAAGUAUUCUACAAUUUAGCAACAAAAAGAUGACAAAAAGGCAAAAAAGAAAGUAGUAAUGAAAAUGAGGUCUAUGAAGAUGUAACAUGCUUGAUUUUAUUAAGCUAAAGCAUCCCUAUAGAGAUGGUCUCCACAAAUUAGUGUGAGAGUUUUUAAACGAAUCUAAACAUACCACUAUUUAUUGAAUGGAAAAA